AUGCGACAAUACGUUAACUCACCGUUAUUUAAACAUUUUCGUAAUACCAAAACUAACCUUUUCCCUUUCUACUCUCUCAUUCCGAGCACACUUUACUCAACUCCAGCGUCGCAUUUUGAGUGCUGGCUUCACCCAGCGCAGUACAGGACACGGUUGUGCAAGUGGGAAAAGACAGAUCAGUCCAUGUUUAACGUGAAGAGGCAUGGCGGCUCCAUUUAUGACGCCUGGUUCAGUUGCGCUUCGAAUCAAGUAGCUCAGGUGCUGUUAACGCUGCCAUAUUCGUUCUCUCAGCUGGGAAUGCUCUCAGGCAUAUUAUUCCAGAUAUUCUACGGCCUCGUCGGUAACUGGACUGCUUAUCUCAUCAGCGUCCUAUACAUUGAGUACCGAAGUAGAAAGGAGAAGGUGAACGUGAGCUUUAAGAACCAUGUGAUACAGUGGUUCGAAGUGCUUGACAGAUUACUGGGUCCWUACUGGAAAGCUGUGGGACUGGCCUUCAACUGUACAUUUCUCCUCUUUGGGUCCGUUAUACAGCUAAUAUAUAGCUUGCGCAAGGUGAGCUUUUUCUGUUUUCAUUUCUCUUGCAUAGUUCCAAAAGCCCAACAAAGAACAAGAGCGCUGAUUUGAUUAGCUGAUUUAUGAUGGGUUCGAUGAUGGGAGCAGCAACAUAUAUUACAUAAACGACCGACUGGAUAAGAGAACAUGGACGUACAUCUUCGGAGCUUGUUGUGCGACGACGGUGUUCAUACCUUCCUUCCACUACUACUGGAUUUGGUCUUUUCUAGGGCUUGGGAAGACCACUUACACCGCCUAGUAUUUGGCCAAGCCCAGCAACAGCWACUCUUGAAUGAUUUGUCAUGCUUCUCUCAGCCACGUCUUAGUUCAUCCACUGUUAACAGAUCUGUUCGUUCCAAGACCCUGACCCCUU